AUGAAAAGACAGAAUGUCCGAACACUAUCCCUAGUCGUUUGCACCUUCACCUAUCUCCUGAUCGGUGCCGCCGUCUUCGAUGCCCUGGAAUCCAAGGAGGAGGAAAGGCGGGACACCCUGCUCAAAGUCUCCUCCAGCGCGCUCAAGAGAAAGUACAACAUCAGCGAGGAGGACUACCGCAUGAUAGAGCUCGUCAUCAUCGAAUACAAACCCCACAAGGCCGGCCCGCAAUGGAAAUUCGCCGGCGCUUUCUAUUUCGCCACCGUCGUCCUCGCCAUGAUCGGCUACGGUCACUCCACGCCGGUCACGUCCGGAGGAAAAGCCUUCUGCAUCGGAUACGCCGUGAUCGGCAUCCCGUUGGGGCUGGUUAUGUUCCAAAGCAUCGGUGAGCGUCUCAACAAAUUCGCCUCGAUCGUCAUCAAGCACAUAAAGAAGUACUUGAAUUUCCAAAAAAUCGAAGCCACCGAAAUGAACUUGAUGUUCGCCACCGGCAUGCUGUCUUCCAUCAUCAUAACAACGGGAGCCGCGGUGUUUUCCCGUUACGAAGGUUGGACUUACUUCGAUAGCUUCUACUACUGCUUCGUGACGUUGACCACCAUCGGUUUCGGAGAUUACGUCGCUUUGCAGAACGACAAUGCACUAAAAGAAAGACCUGGUUACGUUGCUUUGAGCUUGGUGUUUAUUCUCUUCGGACUGGCAGUUGUAGCUGCUAGCAUAAAUUUACUCGUGCUUCGCUUCAUGACCAUGAACGCUGAAGAAAUACGUCGUGAAGAUCAAGACUUGCAAUCGUCGUCUCACCACGUACUGACUUUAGAUGGAGAAGUGAUGGCGGUUAAUGGGAAAUUAUUGUCGGGUCAUCCUAUGGUUUCCGAGGGAGAAAUAGAUCAAAUGUCGGUGUGUUCUUGCAAUUGCCUCGGUUUGAAUCACGCCGAAAAUGAGGAAUUGCUUUUGGAUGGAAGCUAUUACCCGUCGAGUUUGAAGAUAAAAAGGGCCUCGGUGUGA